AUGGCGGCGCGCUGGGCCGCCGGCUGCCUGCGGGGCGGGCGGAAGGGGCGCCGGUUCAUCUCCACGCCAACUAUUUCUCGACUGACAUCAGAUGAAGUUAUUCAGAUGCGUAAUGAGCUCUUUAUCAAAGAGAAAGAGAGACAGUUAUCUCUGUAUCCACGAAUUGAGAAAAUUGAAGUAAAAUACACUGGGAAAUCGCACCCUGGCAGUGUGUUUGUAAUGAACAAAGCUUUGUCUACUCCAUACAAUUGUGCCAUGCACUUAAGUGAAUGGCAUUGCAGGAAAUCCGUUCUAGCUCUUGUGGAUGGUGAAGUCUGGGAUAUGUAUAGACCCUUGACCAAAUCAUGUGAAAUUCAGUUCCUUACUUUCAAAGAUGAAGAUCCAGAGGAAGUAAACAAGGCCUAUUGGCGUUCCUGUGCCAUGAUCAUGGCAUGUGUGUUAAAGCGGGCGUUCAAAGAUGAGUACUCAGUGAAUCUGAUUAAAGCUCCAGAAGUGCCAGUGAUCUCUGGAGCUUUCUGUUACGACGUAAUUUUGGACAACAGACUGAAUGACUGGAAACCAACAAACAACAAUUUCCGCUCUCUUACAAGGGAUGCCAGAAAGCUAAUUCAUAAAGACCUGCCAUUUGAAACACUGCAUGUUGAAGCAAAAGUAGCACGUGAAAUGUUUCAGCAUAACAGAUACAAAAUGGAGAUGAUAGAACGAAAAGCUUCUCAGAAUAUGGAAGGACUUGUAACGUUACAUAGGUUUGGUGACUUUGUAGAUGUUAGUGAAGGCCCUCAUAUUCCAAGGACAAGUUUCUGUUUCCAAUAUGAGAUAACGGCAGCCCAUAAUCUUCAGACUAACCAAUCUGAAUUGAUAAGGAGGUUCCAAGGUGUGUCCCUGCCAAUCCAUUUGAAGGCUCACCACACCGUGUGGCACAAACUGCUGGAAAGAUCGAAGCGGCUGGUCACUGAAGAAAAAUAUUUGGAAGCAGCAGCAGAAUGUCAUGAGGCAAAAGAUGGAACUGAAGAAGGAAAAACUGUAUCAAUUUGAAUUAACUUUAACCUCUAAAUGUACAUAAUAAAUUGUGUAUUUUUACAUGA